UGUAAAGUAAACAUGGAACAAAAACAGCAGAAGGUUAUGUCUUCAGCCGUCGUUCGCUUUAAUAAAUUUACAGAAUAGUCAUGAUCAUAUUCAUUUCUAAUCAGUUUGGCCUAUUAUAAUGCUUUGGAAAAAAUCAUAAGGUGGAAAUGGCGGGGUUGGGGCUGGAUAUCCCUUCGGUCCAGGGAAGAGGCUACUGUCCGUCCUUUCCGACAUGUUCAGGCCGUUCUUUUUUUGGGUUAGGGUCAUACUCAACAGCGGAGAGAUCUACGUCUAUCAACCCAGAAUCUACUAACCUAUAUGGUCAGGGUCCGUGCUCUUCAGCCUCCACCACUUCACCAGCUAGUUUCGGUUGUUGUUUUGGAAACAGUCAUUACAGUUUCAAAAUACAAUAUAGUACUGGAUUCCAGCAGGACAUAAUUAAGCAACCUUUAAAUGAACAUUUAAAGGAAACGCUUACGGAUACUUCACGUGUCGCAAGACAGAUGCACUGCAACGAACUACCAUUAAGGACCAAAGAGUACGGUAUUUUCCAAGACUUCACAGGUUCUUCCCCACGGAUUCCAGGAUAUGUCGAUGUACCUGCUUCUGGAUCAUCUGGGCGCGAUAUUAACAUUGGCUGUCAGUGGAAUUGGUCAAGUAACUGGAGCAGACCGGUGUCUUUCAUAAAAAAUCAGACCGAGAACCCGCAUGUGUGGAAAUCUUACGUUGCAGGGGGAACAGCUCUAAGCCAGCCAGAUGUCAACAGUGUAUUACGGCGUGGGAAGAAGAAACGGGUGCCUUAUACAAAGCUGCAGCUCAGGGAACUUGAAAAAGAGUAUACAACUAGCAAGUUUAUUACCAAAGAUAAAAGGCAACGGAUUGCAUUUUCAACCAAUCUAUCGGAGAGGCAAGUCGUCAUUUGGUUUCAGAAUCGUAGAGUCAAAGAGAAAAGGUUGCUUAGGAAAUCAACGUGAAUUCUACUGCUGAAUUUCAAUGAAUGUUUGGGACGACGUUGUGUGAACGGCAAAUAAUCGAGUGAAUAUGUGCAAUUCUUCCAUUGAAAACUUUAAUUUCAUGCGUAUUUCUGUUUUUUCUUUUUUUCCUGACUUUUGUGCUCGUGGUUAAUACGCUGAAAAUUUUUUUAAAUAAAAUGGCUUUAGACAUUGAAUGCUUGCCACUAAGAUGACACUUUGGAUAUCUUACGCUGAUGUGAGAUGUAUCGCGUAUUUGAUUUUCUUUUCAGUUCAGGUUUUUAAUAAAGUACGUCAUAAUUA